UGUUAACUCAUGACUUUACGUCAGUUUCGUUUUAUUAAUAAAACCCCUGGCUUAUUCAUUUCCUCUACUAUUUUCUAACAAGUGCAAGUGUUACAGUGCGAGUUUUACGUACACGGAGAAAUUCACCUUGAAACAAUGUCUGACUUUGAGUACCAUGUAAUCCAGUCUAAGAAAGACCUCGACUCUGAGGAUGAAUCUGGAUCAUUAAAGACUCAGAAGAAAACAACCAAAAGGAAAAACGCUUCUCAGAUCCCGAAACGUGACGCGGGCUGGUCGCUGGACAGAAACGUCGUCGAAGAAUGUGCUAGUAAAAGCAAGAAGAUCAAACCAAAGAAAACUGUGAAAAAGCACGCAUCGUCCGUGUUAAUAACUGAUACGUUGCAGGACAGUGACACUGACCUUGAUGAAGAAGACAAAACUAAAAGUACGACAACCAAGUCGAAGAAAGAGACACCUGAUUGUAAGCCAGGCUGGUUUUCAAACUGGGGUGACGAAGGACAUGUUGAAGCCCAGCGUCGAGCAUCCGCUGCCAACUCUCUGUCGUCCGUGCUGAUACGUCGCGUCCCAGGCGGCUACGUGCGUCGCACAGCUUCGUUAACCGGUGAUCUUUUUAUUGAUCUUAAACUGUAUAACGUAGUAGAUAUUCAAAACGUUCCAUCUGAAGCCCGUUGGGAGAAAGCGCUGGUUAAUUUUAAAUAUCGUGUGGAUUCCGUUUCGGAUAUAGUAGAUGGAAUAAAUAAGAUUCUAAAGCGUUGUAAGGACGACUUUACAGAUGAAGGAACCUUUUUCCCAGAUAAAAAAAGCCAAUAAUCUUUAAUCUUUUUUACGUCUAAUUUAGUCUAUUCCUAUGUCAAUAGGCAAAAUGCCUCAUAAUAGCUCCAUAUUUUGUUCAGUGUGUGACAUAAGUAUUCCAAGUAAAGCCUUUUCUGCUCACUUGCGCACUAACUUGCAUAAAAAUAAUAACUCUGUUCAAUUAACUCCUGAUAUUGAAAAAAUAAGCAGCGCUUUCCGUAGUAGAAUAGCAUCAUACAGAGUGCGUGGACCAGAGAGUAGCCUCCAUGACUCACCGGUAAAGUUUCUGUGCGCUCUUCGUAGACAUAUUAAACAUAUUCUCGAAGCGAGAAGGCUUGCUUUUGGAUCUAUAAAGGUUAACUUUGAACUGUUUGCUGAAUUUGGUUUGCCGAAAAAUGAAGCAUGUGAAAUUAAAUCAUUCGCUACGCAAAAUAUCAUUUUACAUCAGAGUUACGAAUUUAAAGAAAUAUUUUCAACCAUUUUGAACACAUUGAGCACGAAAAUUGAUGAAUUUCAAGAACGGGACAGUGGCUGGAGCUUUCUACGAAACUUAUAUCUCGAGAUAAACAUAAACAAAUAUAAUCCUCUUAGAGCGUCUAGAUUUAUAGAAUUACCAAAGUUAAUAAAACAUCGAAGAGCUUGUGUAAAUAUUAAAAACAAUGAAAGUAGCACUAUCUUCGAAUGAUGAUAAACGAGUAAUAUUAAAAGACAAUAUUCACACACUUGCGUGGGGACAUGCUUCAUUUUUCUAAAUAUAGUUAUAUAGUGAUAUUUUAAAGGAAACUUUGAACUAAUUUGUAAACACCUACUUUACUUUUUAAGUUAGCUAUGCC